GGCACAGGGUGUUACCUGUCAAAAAUACAUUGUGAGAACAAAUUUGUGGUAAAAAAAAAAUGGCAAGCAAGCAAUUGGUAAACAAUUUAGCCAAAAUCGGCCGCUCUCGCCAAAACUGGAUGUCCCCAUUGGCCACUGUCCGCAACUCCAGCUGUCGCAGCGACAUCGAGAAGGUCACACACACAGGACAAGUGUACGACAAGGAUGACUACCGCAAUGCCCGUUUUGUGAAUGCCAAGCGGUAUGUGAACGAGAACUGGGGCAUCAAGCUCAUCGAAGAGGUGCCACCCAAGGAAUGCACCGAACGCGUUGUCUUCUGCGACGGAGGCGACGGUCCUUUGGGUCAUCCCAAGGUGUACAUCAACCUGGACAAACCCGGCAAUCACAUCUGCGGCUACUGCGGUCUACGCUUCGUCAAGAAAGAUGAUCACCACCAUUGAGGAUCGAGAGUGGCCAAUAGCUAAUAGCUUGUAAAGCAUCUUAAAAACCUGUCUAUCCUGUUGAUCUAGUUUAAACCGAACUAAACUGAAUAAAAUUAUAACAAAAAAAGUUAAGACAUGGAUAAUGCAGUCAGUAAGGAGAA